AGGCAAAGGCGCCAUGCCAUGGCCCUCUCUCUCUCUCUCGCCCUCCAUUGCCCCCAAAACCAUCGGUCACGUCUGCACGUGGUUGCUGAUUCUGCCAGUUAUUAAACUAACCCUACCUUUCUCUGCAAAUACCGUUGGGCUCAAUCUUCUUCCUCCCCAACAGCUGGUGCUAGCUGUCCCUUCCCUCUCCAUGUGACCUCUCUCUGAUCAUAUGAUAUGAUAUGAGAUGAGAUGCUCAUCUCCUCCUCAUAAAUCCGAUUUUUAGCAGUGGCAGUCACCUACCAUCCAGCCGGAGAGCACCAAAAAGGAAAGGGCAAAGAAGAAGAAGAAGAAGGAGGAGGAUCGUAUCAUAGUUGUCCGUCCGUCUCUGAGGAGAGCGCAUUCGCCAACGCCACCGGCGUUUAAUGGCGCAACUCCCGCCCAAGUGCCCUCCCCUGCCGGUGGAACCCAACCACCGUCCUUCCCACGCCAAUGCGAUGACGGCCUGCUGGGUCGACGAGUUCCUCGACUUCUCCUCCGCCCGGCGAGGCCUCCACCGCCGGACCCUCAGCGACUCCGUCGCCUUCUACGAGGACCCGCCCCCGAUCGCGACCGAGAGCUUCGAUCGCCUCGACGACCACCAGCUCCUGUCCAUGUUCUCCGACGACGCCGCCGGCGCCUCCAACCCCUCAUCGCCGUCCGACCACAAUAGCGCGAACGAGAACGGAGGCAGCGGCGGAGGGAGCAAUGGCGCGGCCCGCGACGCCGACGAGAAGCCGGAGGUGCAGAGUGCGUGCAGGCAGGGCGAGGGGGAGAGCGGUCCGACGCCGGAGGCUGCCGGGGCUGCGUCCAACGGCCCCAGCAUCGACCCGAAGCGAGUCAAACGGAUAUUGGCGAACCGGCAGUCGGCUCAGCGGUCGCGAGUGAGGAAGCUGCAGUACAUCUCGGAGCUGGAGAGAAGCGUUACAUCUCUACAGUCGGAGGUAUCGGCAUUGUCCCCCAGGGUGGCGUUUUUAGACCACCAGCGGCUUGUUCUCAACGUGGACAACAGCGCCCUCAAGCAACGGAUAGCUGUUCUCGCUCAAGACAAGCUCUUUAAGGAUGCACACCAAGAGGCGCUAAAGAAGGAGAUAGAGAGAUUAAGGAUGGUGUAUCAUCAGCAAAACUUGAAGAAGAGCAACACGCAUUCUGAUAAUAACCCUACUCAGGAUAUUGAAUUGCUGUAACUGAUGCCCCAGCCAUCAUCACAAGGAAAAAAGAAAAGGUUGGCCCUUUGCUCAAGGACACAUCAGGGUUCUGACUUUUCAAAAUAAAACCAUGGGAGAGCGGAGGUAAUGGUAGGGUGUCUAGUGACAAAGAAACGUAGGAGAAGGAAGGCUUCUGCGUAAGGUUAGCAGGGUCGAAUUCUGUUUCUUUUUGUAUGGAUUGGAUUGGAUUUUGGGAAGGGAAAUAAGAGGAGGAGGAUGGUUAAUUCUUAAAAUGUAUUUAGCUUUUCUUUUUUCAUGCAUGGUCCAGUGGGUUGGGAAGACACAUGGGGUAAAAGUAGACACAGGAUCAGGUCAUCUUAUGUUUUUGCACCAGAGAUGAGGGAUGUUGGUGGUGUUUUUCAUUGUCAACUACAUGUGGUGACUUGAUCUGUUCUGUUGAGUGAAGUGGAUUGCCGGCGUAGGAGAAGGGUCCAGUAAGAACGUGUCAUGUGUGGUGUGGAAUGUCCAUAGGGCUGCUGGGUUCCUGUGUAUGGUUGUACUUAUCAAUGGGUCAAAUAAUAAUGCAACGGGACUGCUCUCUCUCUCUC